AUGAGCAACUCGUCCCAACAGUUUGCUGCGCUCAGUGCAAAGUCCGCGACAUGCAUGAGUCAGUUGCUCGAGCAACGCAUGCCUUCUCAGCCUGUACCCUGGGCGAACUUUAGCCGAAUGAUGGUGGAGAUGGGCUUUACCCUUGAUGCAGCCACUGGUGGCUCGUCUGUGCGCUUCGAUCCACCCGAGGCGACGGCGCGUUCUGUCUCUCUUCACAAGCCUCACCCUGGAAGCUACAUUGAACCCGUUACCUUGCACAUGUGGGGCAAGAAGCUGAGGGAAUUCUAUGAAUGGGAUAAAGAGACUUUCGAUCAGGCUCGCAGCGCCCAAUAG